AGUGUGUCCGGCUCUGGGAGCGUGGAUUCCGAAGUGGGAGCAGCAGUCUUCGUUCGCCUUCAAUUUAAACAUACAGGCAACGUAAUAUUUAAGCGGCUGCUUUUGUAUUUUGCUCGCCGCCUCUCGGGUAGAGUUAUUGUGUGAUUUGAUGCGGUUUGCUUUCUGUCCGGCCGACGUUGUUUUCUCACGAAGGAUCGCUGGAAGUUUAAAUUGGACUCCCUGCCCAAACCCCCACGCAAGGCUAUUAGGAACUGUGAUGGCUUUAAUCGUAGUGAAAGAUUAUUUAAACUGUUUUAAUUAUUAGAAACCUGUGGUACUUAACAGUUGCAAGCCUUAAACGUUAACCCAGUUAAAAUAUGGCUGAAACUGGAGAUGCCACCAACUGUGUCAAUGAGAGUGUGAGCGACCCAGGAGUAGCAGCCAUCAAGCUUCAGUAUCGUACUACCAAAGAUCAUUUUCAUGAAUACAUUAAUAGUGGAAGGGAUGAAAACCUAAAAUUUACUGACAAAGAUCUUCAUCAGUUAGAUGAAGUUACUGAAGGUGCUGCAGACUAUGAUCUCCCAGAGCACAAAGCAAAAAGAAUUAGACUGGAUGAAAACAGUGAAAAUGUUAAUAAAAAAUCUGAAAAGGAUAAUAGUGGAUCAUGUCAGAAAGAAGAGGAACACAAACAAAUUAACAAGAAAGCAAGGGGCCAAAAUAAAAACAGACCUCAUAUGAAGCCCAAACACUAUGAACAUGAUCAAAAGUUGUGCACUUCAGUUUGCCAGGAACCUCCAAAGAAAUGUUACUUUGGUGAAAAGUGCAGAUUUUUGCAUGAUCUGUCAAAGUAUCUGGAAUCCAAGCCUUCUGAUCUCGGUGACCAUUGCCACUUAUAUGACACAUAUGGGAGAUGCCAAUAUGGUGUUACUUGCCGCUAUGCAAAAUCUCACACUGGGCCAAAUAACAAGAACUUAAUUAAUGAAGAUCUUAUGAAGACAUGGGAAGGAACACAGAUUGUGAAGAAUAGUCUAAGUAAAGAUCUGCAGCAGACCCUACGUAAAAAGAAGUUCCACUUUAACAAGUCUGAGCAAUAUUUGAAACAAUUGAACAAAGGCAAUACGUGUGAAAAUCAAAGUGACACAGAAAAGAAAACCUUUGCUCAAACAAAAUGCAUUGAAGAGAAGGUUACAGCAAGUAAUUCAACAGAGAUAAAGUUGCCUGUUGACAUUUCAAAUAGAGCCAUCGAGGAAAAGGAUUCUUCUGUCGGAUCACAGGACUAUAUAAAGGCAGAAUCACCAAGUGUAUUUUAUUCUGAAAACACAUUGAAUAAUGGUCAGGCACUGGAAUCAGAACAGGGGAAUAUUGAAAUAAAUGAGCUGAGUACUUUUUCUAGAACAGGUACAGACAUAGCCGAAUCUGUCAAAGAUGACAAUGAAGAAAUAAUUUCCACAAAAACUUUGGGAGUUGUGACUGAUGAAGAUAUUAUAAAAGUACGAUCCUGUGAGAAGAAACGACUGAACUUCAGGGAUAAGCUUUAUCUUGCUCCACUAACAACAUGUGGUAAUCUCCCUUUCCGCCGAAUAUGUAAAAGAUUUGGAGCUGACAUCACCUGUGGAGAGAUGGCAAUGUGUAUAAAACUUUUGCAAGGACAGUCUUCAGAAUGGGCGCUGUUGAAACGGCAUUAUACAGAAGACCUCUUUGGAGUCCAGCUAGAGGGAGCUUUUCCUGACACAAUGACAAAAUGUGCCGAGCUUCUGAACCAAAACAUAGAUGUAGACUUUGUUGAUAUUAAUGUGGGCUGCCCAAUUGAUCUAGUAUAUCAUAAGGGAGGUGGAUGUGGUUUAAUGAAUCGUUUGAGCAAGUUGGAACAGAUCGUGAAAGGAAUGAAUUCUGUGUUGGAUGUUCCUCUGACUGCAAAAUUACGGACCGGUGUACAUGAGAAAGUGAACAUUGCCCACAAAAUAAUACCUAACCUUCGAGAUUGCGGGCUUUCCCUUGUUACACUCCAUGGCAGAUCCAGAGAGCAGCGUUACACUAAAUUAUCAGAUUGGGACUACAUUGAUCACUGCGCUCAACUGGCUAAUCCAAUGCCACUCUUUGGGAAUGGUGAUAUACUAUCAUUUGAAGAUGCUAACAGAGCUAAGGCAACAACUAGUGUUUCUGGAAUUAUGAUUGCAAGGUGUGUAAUCUAUAGAGUAAUACGAGGGGCACUGAUUAAACCUUGGAUAUUUACUGAGAUAAAAGAACAACGACACUGGGAUAUUUCCUCGAGAGAGAGAUUUGAAAUUCUGCAGGAUUUUAGAAAUUAUGGGCUAGAGCACUGGGGAUCUGAUACGCAGGGAGUAGAGAAGAGCAGAAAGUUUCUCCUGGAGUGGCUAUCAUUCUUAUGCAGGUAUAUUCCGAUAGGUCUCCUAGAACAUAUACCUCAGAAAAUCAAUGAAAGGCCUCCUUAUUAUUUAGGUAGAGAUUAUUUGGAAACUCUGAUGGCUAGCCAAAAUGUAUCCGAUUGGAUUAAAAUAAGUGAAAUGCUGUUGGGACCAGUUCCUCCUAAUUUCAGUUUCCUGCCUAAACAUAAAGCAAAUUCCUACAAGUGAAAACGAUGCCCAACAGCAGAAGCUGCAAGAAACCUGACUUUUUCACCUGACAACUUCAGUAUUGAAUUCACUUUGUGAUUAUUUAUAAAUGAAUGAAAAUAAAAUGCAUCAACUGCAGAUCAGAGGGGAUGGGCAACUACUUACAAUGUAUCAGGUCUAACACAUUGUACAACAGGCCAAUCUAUGUACCCUUGAAAUUUUUCUUGGAAAUUUUUAAUAAAUAUUGAUAUUGCUUUGUUUCCAUGUUGUUUUCCAGAAUUCUGCUCAUAGAUUACUAGGUAUUUAUGGCUAUUUUAUCAUCUUUUUGUACUGAACAAUCCAUUGAAUUUUAUAUUUUGCUUCUUUGAGUGGACGUGGGAUGAAGAUUUCUUGCUUCCAGUAUGGUGUCAGGGGUGGCUCAAAAUUCACACAUUUGUAAUCAUUUAUGAGGAAUGGAGAUGAAGUUGGCUUCUGUGCUUUUGUUUGAACAAUGCUGCUGCACUUGUAUGGUGUAGAAAUUGUUAAAAUUGGAGGAACUGAAAUACAGUUGUUACUGUUGCCUUUAAUGUUCAUUUCCAUUGCCGGAGAACUUUGUUCAGGGGAGCUGGAGUCAUCUUUGCUGGUGAGAACAUCCCAGAAGGAGGGAUAGAGGGGUACUGGUAAUUCAUAAUGGAACCAUUCUAAAUGUCCAUAAGUUCUUAUACCAGGGAGCAUCUUUGUUAGGUGUCUUUCUGCAUGAGCUGAGCAUAUCAAUGAUGAGUUUGCAGACACUCUUUCUUCAUUCAUUUUGCUGGUGUCAGUGGUAUCAUCUGAAAACUUUGAAGAGUUAAAUUCUUGUUCAAACACAGAGGGAUGAUCUCUGUGUAUCACCAAUGUUGAUAAUCCAAAUGCACUAUUUGUUUCCUUCAGUAAAGUGGGUAGGAAACCCACCUUAACUUGUUUAUGGAGAAAUCUUCUGGUUUGUGAGUAGGAGUGAUUCAACAGCAUUCUUCUUCUGUCCAUAUUUACUCUUUCACAAAUGCUUUAGGACUUCAUUGAAGAAUGGUGGAAUUUGACAAUUAAUGAUUUGCUUUCUUUCCCAGGCAUUCAUUUCUUAGAUUUUCUCUAGAUAUUUAUUUCUGCUUCUGCAGAAGUGACUGCAGAAUCAGUUCUGGAAUAUAGAAUAGUUACUGUAGAAUUUUGUUUUCAUUCUUUACACCUAUUACAUCAUAGAAGCUUGUGAUUCCAUACUGAAUCAAAUUGUAGUUCUGAGGAAGGGUCAUCAGACCUGAAACAUUACUGAUUUUUUUCUUCACAGAUGCUGCCAGACCUGCUCAGCUUUUCCAGCAACUUCUGUUUUUUGUAUCCAUGCUUUAAGUAAUGUUAAGACAAUGCUAUGUGAAAGUUGACUAAUCUUUAAAUUCUUCUGUCAUCUGAUAGUUAUAAUCAACUGCCUUUGCUGUAGCUAGUGCCUUCAGCUGUUUGUCUCAUAUGAAUAGAAUUGGCUGAAGACUGGCAUCUGUGCCCCUCUUGGCUGCUGGAGGAGUUUGAGAUGAAUCAUCCAUUCAGUACUAAUGAGGAUUAUUGCAAAUCCUUCAGCCUUAUUGUUUUCACUGAUGUAAUCCCAAUCAUUAGAAUGAGGAUGAGAACGUACAAAUUGCCUAAAUUGUUUGUUACAUUUCAGUGGAAUGUGGCAUUACUGCAGAACUUAAGAUCUGAUCUACUGGUUGUGGAAUCUUAGCGCUGUCUGUCACUUGCUGUUUUGCAUGCAACUAGUUCUGUGGCGUAGCUUCACCAGGUUGCUACUUACUUUUGCUGCUGUUCCUGCUGUAUCCACCUGCACUCCUCGUUGAUGGGAAUGGUAGACUGUGGAUAUGCAAGGCCAGAAGGUUGCAGACUGUGCUGGAAUGUAAUGAGGCAUCUUUUGCAUGCUCAGUUUUUAAACUGAGAUUUAAAAAUUAGAUAUUGAACGUCUAUCCUCUUUCACAUAAUGAUGAUGAUUACACAACAUGAUGAGACCAGUUAAGCUUCAAUGGUAAUUAACACCUUAUUUGAGGCCCUGUUCAGGCUUCAGGUAAUUAAGUCGCCCAGUGAGCUACCUUAUUAAUCUUUUCACCAAACUACUGAAUUUUAAACUCUUAAAAUGGAGAAAGAAGAAAGUUACCAGUUUUAUUCUCAUUGUCACUAAAUUGCUGAAUCCACUUGGGAGGACCACAAAGCACCUGAAGUAGCAGUAGUACACUGGCAGACCAUUCCUGCCACUGGACAUUCUCAAAAUUGGGGAGCUGCAGAUUACAAACCAACCCUGAUAUUAAGUGAUGUUUGGAGGCUGCAGUUCAAUUUUCUCUUGAGGUCUACUUAUUAACAUGGGUGAUUUCCUCAAGGCUGCGGGACCACGCCGAGGAAGCCUGUGUCAUGUAGUAGUAGCAAUUGUUUUUUUUUAAAAAUGGACUUUGCACUGUUUUUACAUCCUCUGAAGUAUGGGAGAUACAAAAAUCAACUUUUGACUUAGGAUAGUUAAGUUGAAAAGCUUUUACGUCAGCUGGUUUUUUGUUUGCUUAAUAUCAUAUUAUGGGCACUACAGACUCCCCUCCCUGACUAAGAAUCACACAAGUGACAAACUUGAGUUAAGAUCUGAGUUCUAAGGAAGGGUUACGUGACCCGAAACGUUAACUUUGAUUUCUCUCCACAGAUGCUGCCAGGCCUGAAGUUUUCCGGCAAUUUCUGUUUCUGUUUCUAAUUUAUAGCAGCCACAGUUCUUUCAGUUUUUAUUAGAGUUGAGAUCUAUUUCAUGUGAUUCUUUCUGCAACAAAAACUGACUUUUUGGCACAAUUCAAUCUUUAGCUCAAAUAUCUCAAUUUAAAAUCAUAACUGACAGUACAGCCAUUCCUUGGCACUACAAUUAGGCUGAAACUUUAAUCUCACUCGCUAUUUUGGAAGAGGGGGUGCUUAAACCUAAAAUCUUCAGACCCAAUGCCAGAUAACCAACAGUCAAAUAAGUACCUGGUGAAAGGCAUUAUAGAUGCAGUGUAAAAGAUAUCCAACAUGUCCACAUACUUAUGCAUAAAUUAGGAAGAACAUUGAUGUAAGUGUCAUCUGCAAAAGGAGGAUGGUUUUUGUUCUACGAUACAUUCUAAUGACAUGCAUACUUCAAUUAUUACAGACCAAACAUGCAACAUUUGGGUUUGUACUAUGUAUGUAUUAGAAAUCAAUACCAUCAUUAGGGAAGCUACAUCUUUUGUACUCAUAAGCUUGCAAAAAAUUCAAUAUCAAACCAAGCAUUAUUUGGCAGAAGUCAGUACAAAAAUCAAUAUCCAUCAUUAUUUUAAAAAAAUUAACUGAUUUAACAGCAGUUUAGUGCAGCAUUAUAUAAUCAGCCAAAACUCUCAUUCCAGAUCAUGCACUUCUCUUUACAUACAUAUCGUAUAACAUUGCAUAACUUUGCAGCUGGUUAUUAGAUUGGGCACUCAAAGAGGUUAAGUUCUUUUGGAAACUACAGUUUUCUUUUCAAUCCGGUUCAGUUAAAUAGUCAUGGUGCACAUGAUGAACUGAAAAAGAAAUUGCAAAAUGUUUAACUUUCAAUUACAAAUCAAACAAAAUUAAACAACAAUAAAUCUUUCCUUUUACAGUUGACUCUUGUUGUGAUGCUUUCCAGGACCUUACUCAAUGACUCAUGAGCUUUGACAGUGAAUGGUGGUAGUCUGUGCAAUCAUGGGAUAAUUAGAGCAACGGCCAGUUUUGUGCAAUGUGCCCAGCAGUAGUAUCAGAUGAGCAAGCUAGAACCAGUA